AUGACACUUAGAUUUGCAUUUUGGAUUUUUGCUAUUUUUACAUGCGCCGAAGCCGUUUCACAGAGUGAGCCUUUCGAGCUCGAGCUGCCCGGCGAUGAACUCGAGUUUGCGGACCCCGUGCUGGACAUCAAGGAGAGCCUCAUUCUAAUUCGAGAAGAGCAGGAACGUCAACUUGAAGUCUUCAACCAGACCUUGAAGGGAUUUAAAGACGAAAUGGCCGACCAAAUUGACCAAGCUUAUGCCGUUUUCAACGAUCUGAUUCAACGAACUGAAGUUCAUCUUAGCAAGAAGCUCUCUCGAAAAUUUCGCGCGCAGAUGGGUGACCAUGGCGACUUCGGAAAUCUGGAGAAGAAGAUUGAGAGAAUGCUGAAAAGUCAAGUCCGGAGAGCUUUUUCACGGGUCCAGAAGGAUUUAUCGAAUGAGAAGCGGCUGGAAACAGAGCCGCAGACAGUUGAGCACUGA